AUGUGCGUCUACGACAGGUCACAUUGUUGCUGCAAAGCUGAUGUGAAGGAAUUUAUCCUGUCUAUCCUUCGGUCCAGUCCAUCGAUGCGCGACUCGCGCAACUAUCUCUCUUCGUUCGGUCGACCUACCGCCCCUCCCUUUCCCAAUCCAUCAGAACAGCUGUCCGGAGCUACACCGGCCCUCUCCCUCCCUCCUCAGCCGGGUACCGACCCCACUCCCGCUACCGACGCUUCCAACCCGCAACCCGAGAACCCGCUCGUCGCAUCCCUCUUGGACCCUAUCGUCCGUCAUCCAGCCCUCGUCAAGAUCCAAGGACCCUUCACGGACCUCCAGCUCAAUUCCAUCUGCCAAGGUAUGGCACACCUCCAAAAGCUCGGCUUGGUCUCGGUGAUUGUUCUGGAUCGGGACGACCUCCCUGCGACCGAGCCGGCGGAUACUGCCGCAGCGCAACGGCAAAAGAAGAUGGUCUUGCGGGAUCUGGAGAAGGUGGUGGCUAGUCUGGGGAGACUGGGGGCGGGGGCACGACCGGUCCUUUCGACGGUAGCGAGAAUAGCGGGCAAGUCCGGCGAGGGGGACUCUGGGGGCGAGAGGGUGGAAGGGGAGGUGUUUGUGGAGGAAGAGGGUCUGGAUCAUGUUCGGCGGGCAGUCACGGAGGGAGAGAUCCCGGUAUUGCUGCCAGUGGCGCUGGACUCGGGAUGCCGGACGAGGCGGGUAGGGGCGGAUGCUGUUCUGAAGGCGUUGGCGGAGUCGAUGGCCGCUGCGCCGGUCGGCAAGGGAUCGGGGACGGGAAGCAGCGUUGUCGACCUCACACCGCUCCGACUGCUCAUCAUCAAUCGGGAAGGCGGGAUCCCCUCUUAUGCCCGCCAAGGUCUUCCUCAUCUAUCCAUCAACCUCGCGUCCGAACUCUCCUUCAUCCAGGACACGUACCUCCCCCACUGGUCCGAGUCGCACCCUACCGCCCUGUCCAAUUUGCGCCUCUCGGACGCGUGCCUCGCCCAUAUGCCGCGAGACGCAUCGGCGCUGCUGGUCUCGCACCGGAGUCCCGCGGCUAUGAUUGCCAAUCUCAUCACCAAUAAGCCUGCUCACUCUGCGAGUUUGCCGCACGCGCUGCUCGUGGAGUCGGAGGGACGUCUCACGCGGGAUACACCCACGCUGAUCCGGAAGGGACUACCCGUGCGCGUUCUGCGAUCCCUGGACGAGGUGGAUCGGCCAGCUCUCAAUCGGUUACUGGAGAAAUCGUUCCGGCGGACACUGGACCAAGACGCCUUCUACACCCGCUUGGAAACAGACAUGGACUUCCUCAUCGUCAUCGGCGACUAUGCCGGUGCCGCCAUUGUCACCACCGAGCCGGACUCCACGCCCGAGGGUAUCUGCUACCUGGACAAGUUCGCCGUACUCCCCUCGCAUCAAGGGGACGGUACGGUGGACUUCCUAUGGGUCGCGCUCCGAGACGAGACGUACGGUCUUGGCCUGCUCGAUGCGGCCAAUCCGUCCGAAGGGUCGUUGAGUGGACAGGGGAGAGGGCGGGAUCUCGUAUGGCGGAGCAGGGCGGAUAAUCCGGUGAACAAGUGGUAUGCCGAGAGAAGUAAUGGCUUUAUUACGACGCCGGAUGGCAAGUGGAAGAUGUUCUGGUGUGAUGCCGAGGAGAGAUUGAGGGAGCGGGCGAGGCAAGGGGGGAGGGAGUUUGGAGGGGGGUGGUUGAGUAGGAUGGUGGAGAUGGAGGAGGAAGGGAGGUUGGCUAGGUGGGAACCGGUUAUUGGGGCGAUUGGGAGUGUGUGGGCCAAGUGA